AUUGAGAUAUCAAUACGAAACUAAAAAUCGCAUAUUUUUAUAAUCACUCUCUUUCCAUAUGGACAGCAUUAUUAUUCCUGUUAAUCCGAUAAUUGACGUCAAAACUUUCUCCGAUACUAUUAACCAAUAACGAAUCACAACCCGGGAUUUUUCUUCCAAUUAGAACUCAAUGAUUGUGUGCUGACGCUGGCUACUAGCAGACGACAAUCUGAAUACAUGUACUGCCAAGCGAGACAGCUGUCAAAAUGUCGACGAACUCUAAAGUGCUGCAGUUCUAUUUUCUUGGAAUAUUUCUUGGAUUAAAAGGGAACAACACAAACUUGUAGGCUAAAAAUGGCAAGUUCAAGUGCGUGGACAUUUGUUAUUGUGUGUUUUUGUUUAUUUAUUGUUUGUCAGCGUGGUAUUUUGUGUUUAAAGAAUCGAUAUAUUACUGAAGAUGAAGAUGACAAUUUGCAGAUAGAUGAUUAUUCUAAUCUAAGUACAAAUGAGGAAGUGGAAUCGGUAACGAGGCCCUCCAUGGAUCCCAAAGGUAGCUGGUUUCAGUUCGUUCGACAUUCAGAUAGAGACAACAGACGUAAUUCACGUAAAAAGUGCAAGAACAAGGGACGAUCUCUGGCGGGCUCUAAGGUAACGCGGGGUAAUUUUGAUACUAAGCGCACACAAUCAGGUCCACCGGGACCCCCGGGUCCACCAGGACCCCCGGGACCAGCAGGUGCUGCCAUAACCAAAGAAGAAUUAAUGAAAGAAUUUAGAGAAAUGGUUAAAGACGCAGCUGAGAAGAGAGCCAAUGAACUGUUAAUAGAAAGGUGCGAUGCCUGUAAUUCUAUAUUAAAUGGAACUUAUGUUAUACCACCGGAAAUGGAUGAAAUGUUCCUGGUUCCCAGAGUAACAGUGGCAUUCCAUGUGCGUCUGCGCAGUAAUAUCGUGGUGGCCAGACGAACAUUUAUGGAAUUGAAAAAAUUCCACCAGCCAUUUGGAGAUGGUGCUUUCCAUCGUGGUGGCGUAUUUAACUCACGUGACGGUCGUUUUGUGGCGCCACGUGAUGCUCUAUACCAGUUCUCGGCUAAUUUACAUAUUCAAGUGAGGAAGAAGGGGCGUAGCGGGAAGAGAUUGAGGAAGAGAGAUAAUAUUAAAGUCUUCAUCUGUAUUGAUUCAUUAUGCCAGAAAAAUACAUCAUUAGAACAUAUAACGGGUUUAGAUGCCAACAGUAAGAUCUUUACAUCAAGUAUCACGGGUUUACUUCAACUCAAGACUGGGCAGUAUGUGUCAGUGUAUAUCGACAAUUCAUCGGGAAUAACAGUCCGGGUACAGAGCGGUUCCGACUUCUCUGGUAUCUUGUUCGGUGUAUAGAACAUCGUCUUUGGUCAUCAAAAAAUUGGUGACUGGGGAACUGGUAAAAUGUGAAUUAUUUUGACUCUCGGUUUCGGACUGAUCAUUGUUUCUGUGAAUGUUGUGACAACCUAGUUUUAUAAUUGUGUCGCAAAGUAUCUCGAAAGAAUACAAUGGAAGACUUCGUGAGAUUUUUGUGUUUCCUAGAACCUGGAAGAAUAAUGAUAUCGCGAGACUUGAUGAGUAAUUGGUGUAGACUUCAGAUCAGAAAUUGGAUGUCUAUAAUACCUAAAAAGACGAAGAUGUAACUACCUCUGAAUUCCACGUGAACAAAACGCGGGUAGAUAAUAGUGAAUCACAGACCACAGUGAGGUGUCCGGGAUAACAUACCUCCAACAGGAAAAUGUCUUGUACCUCGUGGGUUAAUGAGAAAUUUUGUUUCAUAAUUAUAAUGUAAUGUUUGGAUGAAAUGCCUUACACAGGGCCGACUCCUAUUGCUAGUACUCUACCUGCAAUUAACAAAUUGAAACUAUCUAAAAGACAUAUCUUGUUGUCUAACUAUAUAAAUUUAGUGUGUAUUUUAGAAGGAAUCGCCAUUUUGGGGAUCUAUUGAUAUUGCCAAGUGAUUAUUUCAUACCAGUUUUGUUGUAAAUCUGUAUGUUUUAAUAAGUGUACACAACUGUCCUAAAAGUAUAACAAAACAUCUGUGUUCUGUGUAGCCUUUCGUUUUAUUACUAUAUAUUAUCAUCACAAUAUUUUGAUGAUAUUCAUAUAAUUAGAUAGAAAUGAAACAGUACGAAUUUAUAUGUUGUAAUUAUACCGUGUCAUUAUAUUAUUUUCAAAUAUUAAUGGUAUUGUUAUGGUCAUUUUAAAUUAUACAACUGUCCAUUGGUGGUAACUAUAUCGUAGUAUUACAUCAAAUUUCUAGAACUGUUCUUGGCUAUAAUGAUGUAUAACAUAACUAGAAUUGUAAACAGUCCAUUGUAAUGCUGUAGUAGAGGUAUAUAAAUUUUCUGGUAAUUAUAUAAUAGUAGGGCUAUAAUUAUAAUAAAGUUCCUGGAAAUUUGUAGGUAUUUUAAAAUAGCAAUUACAUGGCAGUACUCUAAUUAUAAAAUUAUUUAUGGCUAUUAUAUAGUAGCGCUAUUUUAUAAAACUGUUAUGGCACAUACUGUAAUAUUAUACAACAGUUUAUGGUAACUCUGUAUUAGUGGUAUGAUUAUAAAAUAAUCCAUGGCGUUUUCUAUAAUUAUAAAAGAGGUUAUGGUAACUAUUAUUAUAGUAGUGGUAUAAUUAUAAAAUAGUUGAUGGUGAUUUCUAUAAUUAUAAAACAGUCCAUGGUAUUUAUUUAGUAAUAAAAUAGUUCACAGUAGUUAUCACAGUGCUAUGAUUAUAAAAUAGUUGUUGGUGAGUUCUAUAAUUAUAAAAUAGUUGAUGGUGAGUUCUAUUAUUAUAAAGCAGUUUAUGGUAAUUACAUAAUAGUGUUAUGAUUAUAAAACUGUUCAUGGUAAUUACAUAUUGUAAAUGUAAUAAUGAUUUAGCGUUAUUGAACAUAUAAAAUAGUUCCUGGUAAGUACAAUAGUUAUAUAUAAAUAGCAACUGGCUAUAUCAGAUAGUAAAAGCCCUGAGAACUGUAUCCCGUUUUUCACUUUCAAAAGAAAUAGACAAAUGAAUAUCCAGCUAACCAUUUUGUAGUUGGGCGAUGAACCAAUUUAGAGAAUAAUAUGUCUCAGUUGCUGGGGAUUCUAAAUUUGUGUUUGAUAAUAAUGUGGUUAGUUUUUUUUUCAAACCAGCUUGUCAUAGACUGGAAUCCUUUAAUGUUAUAAACAGUAUGGUUGUGCAUUUGAAUGUUUUGAACAAAAAAUGCCUGAAUUAAAAAUCAACUAACACCCUGUUUCUUAUAGAAGGCAAAGGCUAAGUUAGAGGGGCGCAAUGACGAGCUUUUGCGCCAUCUUAAGUUUUUGCGCACCCUGUCAAGUGGCAAAAACUCACGCGGUUUAAAUGCGAUUUUCAAUAUUAUAAUCAUAAAUCAUAAUGCUCAACUCGUGUCAAACAUAUACCGUGAAUCAGAUAUGCUACAAAUCAACUCUAACAUGUUCGACACAGCCCAAUAUUACCAGGCGACACUGGGAGGGGUCGACCCCGCCACCCCUUCUCCGCAUUCACAUAUAAAUAUUGUUUUUUGGACCCGGACAGGAUCUUGUUCCUCAUGCAAAAUCAUGGGUCAUCAGGCCCCUGAUAGAAGGUCAUGUUAUUCAAAUUUCCAUGAAUUAUAUAUAAAUCUUCUUAUUGAAAAAAAAAGUUAGGCUACUGUUAUGAUAUAGGUCGUAGCUUAUUCUCUUCUAAUAGUGUAUACUGUAUAAAUUUUAAGUGAGCCAAACAUUCUACUGUCGCAGUCUAGGCGUGUUUUAAAGGGGGAUAACCUUUUCGUUUCUGUAGAUGUGCUAUUGUCUAUUUAAAUUAGUAAUACUUCUUCUGAAGUUUUAAAGGGGGGUAACUUUACUAUUCAUCUCGAUAUGAAUUGGAUAUAUUUGAACAUCACUUGAGAAUUUUCCAUUACUGUAACCUUUUCACUUCUGCAGAUGCGCUAGUAUCUAUUUAAAUUCGUAGCCUAAUACAUGAGUUGAAGUCGUACAGGGAUGUAACUUUUCUUUUAUUACUAAUCUUGAUAAUUUGAACAUCACGUGAGAUAACUAAUUCUCAAUAUUUUUUAUAAAUGAUAUAUUUGUUUGUUUGCAUAGCACUUGAAUUAAAUAGUGAUAUAUUUAAGAUAAUUCUAUACGCCCAGUAGUUGUUAAUUCUCAACUGUUAGGCCAAGUUGACGUUUUACGCGAUAUAGCUUAUCAACUAGCAUAGGUUGUAUUAUUCUCUAUAUUAAUUAAUGGCUCUUGUAUUUGUAUAUCACGUAAUGUUUGUACAUGUAAUGUGUACAGUUGACAAUAAAUUAA